AGAGCACUGAGUGUGUGUGUGAGAGAGAGAGAGAGGGAGAGAGAGCACUGUGUGUGAGUGAGAGAGAGAGAGAGAGAGAGAGAGGGAGAGAGAGCACUGAGUGUGUGUGUGAGAGAGGGAGAGAGAGAGCGAGCACUGAGUGUGUGUGAGAGAGAGGGAGAGAGAGCACUGAGUGUGUGUGAGAGAGAGAGAGCGAGCACUGAGUGUGAGACUGAGAGAGAGCGCGAGCGAGAGAGAGCGAGCACAGUGUGUGUGAGAGAGAGAGCGCGAGAGCACAGAGUGUGUGAGGAGUUUUAGAGUGUGAUAAUGGCACAGGAUGACCUCUGACCCUCAGCUGGCAUCUCAGUAGGGAUGCUGAGCUUCUUAGAUAAGGUGCCCAUUAAGAAGUUUCUAUUUUGUAGUGGACAGCUUUGAUGCAGUACAGUGCUGAAGACAGUCCAAGAUGACGGAAGAGGUGAUCGUAAUUGCCAAGUUCGAUUACAUGGCCCAGCAGGACCAGGAGCUGGACAUCAAGAAGAACGAGCGACUGUGGCUGCUGGACGACUCGAAGUCCUGGUGGCGCGUCCGCAACGCUACCAACAAAACCGGCUUCGUCCCAUCCAACUACGUGGAGCGGAAAAACAGCGCCAGGAAAGGCUCCAUCGUCAAGAACCUCAAAGACACUUUAGGGAUCGGGAAGGUGAAGCGAAAAACAGGAAUGAGGGAUACGGCAUCAAACGCGGAGGCGGACUUUUAUCCAGACAACGGAGAGCGGCUCUACGACCUGAACCUGCCGGCACUGGUGAAAUUUAAUUACACUGCCGAACGGGAAGAUGAGCUCUCUCUGGUCAAGGGCACCAGGGUCAUCGUCAUGGAAAAGUGCAGCGAUGGCUGGUGGAGAGGCAGCUACAGUGGACGCUCUGGCUGGUUCCCCUCCAACUACGUGACGGAAGACGCGGACGGCUCGGCCAGCAACGACAUGAUGGGCUUGUCAGAGAAGCUGGCCGCCGUGGUACACAGCGCAAAUGGCAAUAGGGUGCUCCAUACUGUUCAGGCUCUUUAUCCAUUUAGCUCCAGUAACGACGAGGAGCUGAACUUUGAGAAAGGGGAAGUGAUGGAAGUAAUGGAAAAGCCGGAAAAUGACCCGGAGUGGUGGAAGUGUCGCAAAGCUGACGGGCAGGUCGGUCUAGUGCCCAAGAACUAUGUCACCAUACUGCAGGAGUCUCAGAACUCAGGGAGCAUGGCUGGACCCCCUACACCUGACUUUGACUACAUCGAGCCUUCUGGAAGUGGGCGCUUCGCGGGAAAGGAAUGGUACUAUGGCAAAGUGACCCGGCACCAGGCGGAGGUGGCGCUCAACCAGAGAGGCUCAGAGGGAGAUUUCCUCAUCAGAGACAGCGAGUCCUCGCCCAAUGAUUUCUCCAUAUCACUGAAGGCCCAGACCAAAAACAAGCAUUUCAAAGUGCAGCUGAAGGACAACCUGUACUGCAUCGGACAACGCAAGUUCAGCUCCAUGGAGGAGCUGGUGGAACACUACAAAAAGGCACCGAUCUUCACCAGCGAGCAGGGCGACAAACUGUACCUGAUCAAGGCCCUGGCUGCCUCCUGAUCCGGAUCGUUACCCACAUUGGAAAUCUAGAGCCACGUGGCAGGACUGAAAGACUUGGAAAAUGGAGCAUUCCAACAGAGCAGAGGAGCAGAAAAGGGGUGGGGGAGCGACAGACGGUUUUGGACUCGUGUUCAUACUCAGAGACGGCUUCACGGUCGGACGUGUAUCAGAAAUACAAUUAUGUUUAGGGCCUAGGUGAUGUAUUUUACUGUUAACAUGUAUUAGAAUUACAACUUAGGUUUUCUCUUCUUAAUAUAUAUAUUGUUUUUUUUGUUUUUUUUCCCCCGACAGAUUCUUUCGGUAAUUGCGUCAUUAGAUUACUACUCAUCAUCCAUUUGUUGAAUUUCAGAAAGCCAGUCAGCUGCGUCUCACAUUUCCACGGUUAAUAGCGUGCUGUAUUUAUAGGCAUCUGCUAUUUUGUAAAUGAAAAUAGGUGACCAAAGGAAAUCAACUAGCAAGGUUUAAGUGAUGACUAGCGCACUGUUUACAAAGAAUAUCAGAAGAAACCGCAGUUUGCAGCUCAACAGGAUAUAACGGCUGUAUUCUUCCUGUCCUCUCGGGGACAGGAAACUGUUCUAUAUUUGAUCCCUAUUUGAGUGACUGCUGUUUCCUGAGCAUGCCAGAGCAGUACGAGUCAUGUGCUGGGAUGCAGAUGGCCUGAACUGGAUUUCUGAUCUCGAUUACAAUGAUUGCAAUCAAAACGUCUGUAGUUAUUUUUUAAGUCGAGUACAACAUUUUAUCUCUUGUUGGCUUUACAGCUUUGUUUCUGUCUCUACCACAAAGUGUCUUCUCCUUUGAGCACCACAAAGCUUGAUAGCUAGAUGUUUAUUCUUUGCAUCAAUACGCGACUUGUAUCCGGAUAACUAAAGAUCCGAUCUCACACUCGACGUCGUCGGCACGCCGUGCACGCGUUAGCUUGGCUAUCUGGCCUGGUGGCACAGUUUGAUCUGCGCGGAAAGCCUCAGAUUUCCGAAUUCUGUUGCAUCAAUUGCAGUCCUUUUGUUACAUUUUUAUAGAUUUUCAUGAUGCCAUAUCUCCAGCUUCUGCCUUCACGCUAUCGAAACUCUAAUCAGAAGAUUUUCCGGGGGUUCCGAUGACAUUCCGUUCGCACUGCGUUAUCGAAUGGCGAUCGUGUUGUUAAUGUAACGGCGUCAGGGCCACGAAAUCUUUACUCAGCCCUGAAGGGCUUUGUUGGAGUUUCAGGAUUCAUCUUGCCAUCGUAAACAAGGCUGCUUUCAUUCUUGCACUUGGCUAACCAGGUGUUUUUCGUGUGCUGUAAUUGUUGUAGGUAUCGCUUCAGAGCUUCACCAGGUGUCCGCACGGGUCCCUGGAACACAUUCGUCACGUCUGUUGUUUACAAACGGUUGUUACGUAAAAGCAGAACGCAAAACACACCGUAAUCGGAUGUCGAGCGUCGCAUCAGAGUUUCAGCUUAUGGUGCAUCUAGUUGUUGUUGUUGUUGUGUUGUUGUUAUUCUUAGCGGUUUGUUAAGCUGUUCAAGUUGCGGAUGCUUUAAGACGUUAUGGGAAUUGAUAUUUAAAACCACAGCGAAUAAGAGGAUGUUGUUUUGUAACGAAAUCUGGGGUCGAUGGUGUCGUAGCUCACCGAAGGCCUUCUUCCUGGGGAACAUCAGCACUCGCUGAUUACUUCCCCAGCUGUGUAGAGUUGGAUCAAGGAAGCAGUAAGAAACGGGGGAUUUUUCAUGCAGCGAAUGGAAAAAGUAGUCACAUCGGCGAGCAGAGAUCCGAGUCAGGGGUGAACACCAGGUUCACAGUGAAAUAUGAUCCAAAAAAAAAAAAAAAAAAGGCCUGGGGCCUAAAGGUUAGGGAAGAAACAGAUGGUGUGCAAGUGAUUGUGUUUUUUUGUUGUUGUUUUGGUCCUCUGUGUUUGUCAGUUUGUUAUUUAAAAAAAAAAAAAAUACAGAAAAGAAAAAAAAGUGCCUUCAUUACUGCUAACCAAAAAGGCUUAGCGUUCCUCCGUGUCCUAGCGUCUGUCCUUUCUUGCAGCUAACCACACCUUCUGUUAUUUGAGUAUUGUUUUGCAUGUGUGUAAUCUGUCUCCUAUGUAAUUUUCUGCGUCCGACUUCCCCGCCGUUCGUCGGGCGCUGCAGAGUAGGUUUUGUUUUGUUUUGGGUUUUUUUUCUGUGAUAUGUGUCCGGGAACGGCUCGAUCACUCGCUUGCGUGGUAUGAAGUGACCUUAUUUUACAGCUCUUAUCACUCACCAUCGAUCAUCUUCAGCUUCAGUCGGUGUGCUCGGAUCCGGGACGGCGUCGAUGUACAGUUUAAUUUAUAAAUAAAUCGGGAGCGUUUAUAGUCUAUAUUUUCCUUUUUAUUUCUAAUAAAAAUAAACGCUGUCUAAUCUACUAACAUGCAAGUUAACUCUCAGAAAUAAGAGACGGAGCCUCGCAGGGUAAAGGCGCACCUCUUUACCUCAUAUCCGUGAGCGAUUAAGGACAACGUUUUGGUGUACGUCUCCGUUCUGUGAUAUUUCUCCUGUGAUGAACCUGUCGAUCCAGAUCUACUUCCUUUCAGCUCAUUCAUCACACUUCUCAGUGUUGGUAUGGAUCACGUUCUGGCUCUUGUUAACGGAAUACAAACACAGUGGCAUGGAAAGGAGCUGAUCUCGGUCAGACCCAUUUACAGAUUUGAACACUGAUGACCAGACAGACUCACAGCUUCACGGUGCCGAUCCUAAGCUGUAGCGUUCAGAGAAACCGAUUCUCCCUGAACCCUGAGCUCCGACGUCCAGAGCCGGGCUGUUCGAGGAGGCGAUUAUAGAGACGAUGCUGUGAAAAAUAAUUGUACUUAUAUGCUCACUAUCUACGUGGACUCAUCUUCAUAUCUAAUAGAAGUUUAUUAGACUGUGCAAAGGAAGUAAUAAAGUACAUAAACCAAA